CCCACGCCCACACGGGAGAGUCCUCCCCCGGCCUGUAAGUCCGACACACAUGAGGGACGUCAGCGGGAGGCUGCAGGCAGGACACUGUCAAGGCUUUUUCAAGAGAAGACCAGAGUGGAAGAGAAGACAAGUAAAAAGAGGGGAAGAAAGCACAAAGAAGGGAACAGUUUUCUUCCGGUCCACCAUGGCUGGGAGGAGGAUCAUUCUGCUUCAGGCUCUGUGCCUGCUGUCCGUCUCGGCGCAGGUGGGAGAAGACGAAUGUCCCAGAGGAUUAAUCAUGGAGGAUGGCGAAUGCAUUGAUUACGACUACUGCACGUAUGAUGGGGACAUUUCUGGACCAUGUGGAGAGAACGCAGAGUGUAUCGACACCUUUGGCAGCUUUUACUGCAAGUGUCGAGAAGGUUUCCAAAGCCUGCAAGAAGGAAGUUUAUGUGUCAAGAUUUUCAUCGGUUUUUGUUGUUUUUCCCCAGACAUCAAUGAAUGUUGGGGCCCCCAAGACCUCUGUGGACCACACACCACAUGUCUCAACAGCAUUGGAAGCUACCAAUGUGUGUGCCUUGAGGGCUAUGGUGCCGGUCCAGGUGGGCGCCAAGAUGGUUCUGACUGUGACGAUGCGGAUGAGUGUCUGGAGGAAAAUAUUUGUGGAAGUAAUGCGACGUGCAUCAACACAGACGGCAGCUACGAGUGCGUCUGCAAGCUGGGUUUUGCAAACAAGUCAGGCGGACUCAACUUGACUUCCAAUGAAGAGCCGUGUGAAGAAAUAUGUCCGACAAUUAACUGCGGAGAAGGAAGCUGCCACAUCGGAGCCACGGGCCACUUCUGUGCAUGCCAUGCAGGGUCCAGCAACUACGGCAAGGAAGCUGCUCCUUGCACGGCAUUAAACUGCGAUGCGUUCAAGGACACUGAAGAUCUGAAAGAGAACCUUCCCAUCGCUCGUGAUCUGAUGAUGCAGCUGGAGAGAAGCUGUGUGAACCUUACAGGGAGCGGAGACCCCAAAGUCUUGGAUGGAGAGGAGCUAAUCUCGGCUCUGUUGGAUCUAAUUGACCAGAUCUUGCUCGCCGGGGUCCUCAGGGACAACAAGAAAGUGUCCAUCUUUCUGGACAUAGUUGAGAGCGCUCUGAGAUUGGUCGGACCGUUCAUGAAAACCCCAAGAGCAAGGAGAUCCUCUCCCUACACGGAACUGGAACUGCUUUCACACCAAGGACCAGUUCCACCCCAGGGUGCUGUGACCUUAUCAACCAAGCCAGUCCAGUUAGAUAUCCAGAUGAGGACCGUGGCUGGAGAUCCCUCCCAGUUCCCAGGUUUUGCUACGGUGUUCCUGCUCAGCUACGCCAACCUUGAGGUCCCCACAAGCGGUUACUACGGCGCCAUGGAUCUGCAGACAAACCGGAGUUUCGUGGUCAACUCCAAAGUAGCGACCGUCUCCGUCACCAACGCCAACACAAGUCGCCUGGACUCGCCGGUCAGGCUGACUUUUCACCACAUCCAACAGGUAAAUGGCAGUCAGCACACCUGUGUGUUCUGGGAUGGUUCCCAGGACGGCGGCAGCUGGUCCUCCAGAGGCUGCACUCGGGUAGAGUCCAAGACCGAGUCCACCGUGUGUUCCUGCGACCACCUGAGCUCCUUCGCCGUGCUGAUGGCGCUCUACCACGUGGAGCACAGGUUUGAGUUGCAGUUCCUCACCCGGGCGGGCUUGACCCUGUCGCUCGUCUGCCUGCUGCUCUGCAUCUUCACCUUCUCCCUGGUCCGCCCCAUCCAAGGCCCCAGGACCACCAUCCACCUGCACCUCUGCAUCAGCCUCUUCCUUGCCGUCCUCAUCUUCCUCGCAGGCAUUACUCGCACAGAAAACCAGAGUGCGUGUGCAGUGGUAGCCGGCCUCCUCCACUUCUUCUUCCUGUCCUCCUUCUGCUGGAUGUGUGUGGAAGGCGUGCAGCUCUUCAGGAUGGUCAUCUUGGUGUUCAACACCAACUUCAGGACCCGCUACAUGAUGGCGGGCGGUUACGGCGUGCCGGCAGUCAUCGUGGUCAUCUCCGCUUUAAUCCACCCUAAAGGAUACGGCACAGACAAAUAUUGUUGGCUGAAUCUGGACUUCAUCUGGAGUUUUUUGGGCCCUGUUUGUGUCAUCAUUGCUGUAAACAUUGUCUUCUUCCUUAUCACCAUUUGGAAGUUGGUGCAGAAGUUUUCAAGUUUAAACCCAGAGAUGGACACCUUGCAGAAAAUCAGGGCAUUCACCAUUACUGCCGUGGCCCAGCUCUGCGUGCUGGGCACCACCUGGGUUUUUGGCUGCUUCCAGUUUGGGGAAAGCACAAUAGUCAUGUCCUACCUGUUCACCGUCCUGGCCAGCCUGCAGGGGGUCAUGCUCUUCACCUCCCACUGUCUCUUCUCCAAACAGGUAAGGGACGAGUACGGAAGCUUCCUGUGCAGAUUCUGUACAUCGCCCAAGAAGAAGUACGAAGAGUUCAGCUCGCUCUCCAGCAGACCGCAGGCGUCCAACAGCACCCAGGACACGGGGGAGUCGCGCAUCUGAGGAACGCCGACAUUUGCACGCCAUGCGGCAGUUUGCCAAAUGACGGCGACCGGCGCCGUUCUUCUUCUGCAUUCUCAUGAACAUCAUCAUCAUCAUCAUGGCUCAUUCCGGCUGAUGAUGUCCCCGCUCACAGAUGGAGUCAAAGUGUCCAAGAUGACAACACCCGAGUGGUUAUUACUCCCAUUUGUUUGGAAAGUGGACUCAAACCAAAAAUGAUCAAGACUGUCAGCUUGCCUCCUCCAUCUUUGUUAGUGCCAUCCAUCCUCUUCUGCUUAUCCGAGGUCGGGUCGCGGGGGCAGCAGCCUAAGCAGGGAAGCCCAGACUUUCCUCUCCCCAGCCACUUUGUCCGGCUCUUCCCGGGGGAUCCCGAGGCGUUCCCAGACCUAGUCUUCCCAACGUGUCCUGGUUAGAUGUGCUCUAAACACCUCCCUAGGGAGGCGUUCGGGUGGCAUCCUGACCAGAUGCCCGAACCACCUCAUCUGGCUCCUCUCCAUGUGGAGGAGCAGCGGCUUUACUUUGAGUUCCUCCCGAAUGGAAGAGCUUCUCACCCUAAGGGAGAGCUCCAAACUCAUUUGGGCCGCUUGUACCCGUGACCUUGUCCUUUCGGUCAUGACCCAAAGCUCAUGACCAUAGGUGAAGAUGGGAACGUAGAUCGACCGGUAAAUUGAGAGCUUUGCCUUCCGGCUCAGCUCCUUCUUCACCACAAUGAAUCGACGCAGCGUCUGCAUUACUUAAGACACCGCACCGAUCCGGAGAUGAUUUCAUUUUCCAGCAUGAUCCGGCACCUGCCCACAGUGCCAAAACCCCCAGUAACUGGUGUACUGACCAUGGUGUUACUGUCCUCCAUUGGCCUGCCAACUCCCCUGACCUGAACCCCAUAGAGAAUUUGUGGGGUAUUGUGAAGAAGAAGCUGAAAGACACCAGACCCAAUAAUGCAAAUGAGCUAAAGGCCGCUAUUGAAGCAUCCUGGACAUCCAUAACACCUCAGAAAUGCCACGUUGCAUUGAUGCAGUCAUCCGUACAACAGGAUUCCCAACCAAGAAGCAGGAAGUGUUGCGGCGUAGCCAUACCGGGCUCGCAGAGAAACCACUUUUCUAACCCACAAAUUUGGGGAACAAAACGUUGAUUAGGUGGCAGAUAUAUAUUUGCAAGGCCAUUUUUCAAGAAGGAUAUUUAAAGAGAAACUACAUCCCGGAAUCUAGCUCAGCUGUACCGGCGAUGAAAUGGUGAAAUGCUCGCCCCUUCCACUCGAGUCAAGUGACUACGAGCGGUACCGCUGGCUUACACGGCGUCGAAGGGGUCCUACAAAUUGUGAGUUCAAAUAAUUUCUGUUUGGUUCAAUGCCCAACAUUGUGUUCCUGUAUAGUAUUUCACCAGAAAUGGUCAUGUGGUGACAUCAAAGAUUGUAUUUUGAGAGGUUAAUCAUUGAAGUGGGACAUCACUGAAGGCCUAGGUGGGAAACUGUGUUGUAGUGUGUACUGUAUUGUGUCUCCACUGUGUAAUGUGUAAGUAUUGUAUGUGAACUUUUAUUAUUGACAAAGAUCCCGGUAAGAUGUAGGGAAUCUUGAAUUCCCCUAAAUAUUUGUUAAUCUUAUUCAUUAAAAUAUUGAAUUUCAA